AUACUGGGCAUCGAGAAAUCAGAGAAUGAAAACGUCGCUGGAUCUGGAUAUGUCCAAAUUCGUUUUCUACCGCCGUUAAAAAGAAAAAACCAGCAUAAUCGUGUUAAAAUAAUGAGAGGUUAAUCCCCCGAGAAGAGGCAAAGUAAAGUACAGUAGCGGUUUAUGUUCCAGUGAGCCGAUUCAGUUGAGGAAACAGCAAGAGGAUUACAACCACAUUGAUAAGCAAAAAAUGGCAGCCUUACCACGCAGGAUAAUUAAAGAAACCCAACGAUUAAUGCAAGAGCCAGUGCCGGGAAUCAGCGCUGUACCUGAUGAUAGCAAUGCCCGUUAUUUUCACGUCAUUGUGACUGGCCCAGAAGACUCCCCCUUUGAAGGGGGCCUGUUCAAACUAGAGUUAUUCCUCCCAGAAGACUAUCCUAUGUCGGCUCCUAAAGUAAGGUUUAUAACGAAAAUCUAUCAUCCUAACAUUGAUAGACUUGGUAGAAUAUGCCUUGAUAUUCUUAAGGAUAAAUGGAGUCCAGCACUUCAAAUUCGCACUGUUUUACUGUCUAUUCAAGCCUUACUUAGUGCUCCAAACCCGGACGAUCCUUUAGCAAAUGAUGUUGCUGAACUGUGGAAAGUGAAUGAAUCAGAAGCUAUAAGAAAUGCCAGAGAGUGGACUCGCAGAUAUGCUAUGGACAAUUAAAGUGUGCUCUGAACAGACACCAGUAAUAAACAUAAGCAUUCUACUUCUGAAUUAGGUUUAUGAUUAUUUAAUUUAUAUUGUUACAAGAGUAGAAUUUUUAUGUUUCCUACUAUAGCUGUAUCCAACAAUUCUGAUACUAAUGUGAGACACUUGUCAACAUUUAAUGAGUAUCUUAAUGUUUCAUUUUCAAUUGUAAACAAAACUAUGUUUAAAAUGUAUAUUAUCAAUUAUCUUAAGUUUUUGAAAUCAGUUUGCUUUGAAUCAGGAAUCCUUUUUUACUUCUUGAAUUUCAUCCCCUGAUCUCUGCAAGUUUUGAUGUUCAAGUUUCAUUAUUCAGUUCAAUCAUUAUGGGUGGAGAAGUAUUAAAGGAUAUUUUCUCUUAAGCUUAUAUCCUGUAUACUUUAACAACAAUUCCAUGCUUAGUUGCACAUGAAAGAUGGAUUUGUAGUUUGUUGUGUAAAUAAAGGUAUGUAAGGCUUUUUACAAAUAAAUUCUUUUCAC